AACACCCCCCUCCUCCUCCUCCCUCUCUUCUUCCUCCUGCCCUCCUCUGCACCGCAGCGAGAGAGAGAGACAGACAGAGUCCGUCUAGAGAGAGAGAGAGAGAGAGAGAGAGAGAGAGAGAGAGAGAGAGCGAGGAAGGGAAGCAGGCAGUGAGCUGAGAGGUCGGCCGUCCACCCGUCCAUUUCCCGGCCGGUGGAGCUCCCUCUUCUUCCCGGAGGCAACCCAAGAAAGCGGAGCGCACAUGCUUCCCCGGGUCCGCCUCAGAGUCCCCCGAUGUCGCCGGUGAUCAGCGAGAUCCUCCUCUCGGGGUUUAUGAUCAACUCCACACUCCGGCGCCGAACCCACCUCGUCCAGUCCUUCUCCGUCGUCUUCCUCUACUGGUUCUAUGUCUUCUCAUAAACUACUCGCCCCCGCCGUCGCCCUCCCCCUCCUCUCCCUCCUCCUCCUCCUCCUUUAGCCCUCCUGCUCAUCCCUUCAAGCUCCCCUCGUCCCACACACUCGCUUACUCUCUCUCUCUCGUCGUCGUCGCAGUCUCUCUAGAGUCAGUCCGUAGCUGGUUACGAUCCAUCUUUGGUUCUUGCAACAACAACAAAGGAAAGCAGAGAGUGCUUGUCUGCUCGCUUGCUUGGUGGUGAUGGCGUCCUCCAGCGGGAGCGGGAGCACGGGCUCGCUGUCGACGGCGGGGGCGGCCAUGGCGAUGGCGGCCGCGUCGGGCACGGAGGAGGAGAUGCGGGCGCUCAUGGAGCAGCGCCGGGCCAAGCGGAUGCUCUCCAACCGGGAGUCGGCGCGCCGCUCGCGGAUGCGCAAGCAGCGCCACCUCGACGACCUCGCCGCGCAGGCGGCGCACCUCCGCCGCGAGAACGCGCACGUCGCCGCCGCGCUCGGGCUCACCGCGCGGGGCCUCCAGGCCGUCGACGCCGAGAACGCCGUCCUCCGCACCCAGGCCGCCGAGCUCGCCGCGCGCCUCCACUCGCUCAACGACAUCAUCGCCUGCAUGAGCGCCAACAACAACACCGCCGCCGCCGUCACGCUCACCGUCGCCGCAGCCGCCACCGCCACCACCGCCGACCCGCUCCUCGGCGGCUUCGACGGCGCGUCAUUCGAGGACUUCCUCUUCAGAUCCUCCCCCGAGAUGUUCAUGUUCCCAGCCCUGCAAAGCUAGCACCCACGCCACGGCCAUGGCAGCAGCACAAGCACGAGCGCGCAACAAAAGAGAUGAUCCAUCUUUUUUCCUGAUGCUUCUGGUGUUUCAGGUUAAUUACUACAGUACAAAAAACUGGGAGAGCCGUGGAGUUUUUACCGCACCUAACUAAGCUAGCUGCUGGGGUUAAUUAGUUUAUAAUUAUCAUGUGUAAUCUGAACUGGUGUGUGUACCAAGUGAUGAUGGUUCUUAAGCUUAGCAUGCAUGCAUCACCAUCAUGUGAUCCCCCUAUGUAAGAAGGAAGAAGCAGUUAGCUCUCUCUCUCCCUGUGCUGUUGCUCAGACAAAGCAAGUGCCAUAUAUAAUUACUCUACUUACUUA